CACAAUAGUGUAAAAACUACUCAGCUUAUUGUCAAACUGUUGCCAAUGUAGUCUUCUUGGCCGACCUUAUAUAGGCCUUACACAUAUCAAACAAACAUAAAAGUAACAAGCAAUCUAAACAUUUCUGCAUUCGAUUAUGGCUGAAUCAAGUGACAAGGUUGUAACAGCCAAAAAUGCACUAAUGUCUGCAUUAGGAGAAAACGCAUCUAAGUAUCUUGGAAAUAUGAAAAUGUGGUUUCGUCAUAAAUGGUCAAAGGAACAAUUCGACUACGAAUCGCGGAAAUUUCUUACUCCUGAGAAGAUGCAUUUACACAACCAAUUUCUCAUAGCAAUCCUGAAUAAAAUUGAUGCGUUUCAAAUGCCACAGCAAACGUCCCCAUACGGUGGAGUUAGCAGUGUAUAUGGACUAAACAGUAGUGCAGGAUUGCCAGGCAGCAGUGGAAGUACGAGCAGCAACAAGAAAGGAAAAAGGAAGAAAAGCUCUAGAAUUACAAGCGACAGAGUAACAUUUGAGCCGUACGACUUUAUAGAUUUUAUUAUGGAAGAUACUAUGAAAAUAAUAAGACCUGCAGUAGGCACCGAGGCAAAUGUUCAAAUAUUGCCAACACAAAGAUAUUGCGUACAGGAGUUAUUUCUUCCAGAUACUGGAUUUAUUUUGGGUCGGUUCCUAAUAGGUGCAUGGGAAUCUGGCUUGGUUAAUGUAGAAGAUAGUGUGGCAGAGUAUGUGGCUAUGGCAGUUCAGGUUCUUCUAAAAAAUCUCAUAUCUGCCAUUAUAAUGAAGAAAGAGCAUUACAAAGUUACUGGAGAAGGUUCAUUCUUUUUCGACGUUGGUGCACCACUAAAAGACCCCUCCUUGCGAAACACUGUUACAAGACAAAAACUUGAUGACGGGCCUCUGGAAUUGGACAAGGAAAUAACCUCCCCCAAUUUCAUGCGAAGGACUAACGACGACGUUACAUUCCUUUCAGCAUGUGAAGAGCUCUACCAUAAAAGUUCAAAGAAAAUAACACUUAAGGAUUGUCAGCGAGCUUUCAAUGACCACAAUCUUAUACCAUCACAUUCCGUGUAUGCCAUAAAUAUGGAAAAGCUAACACAAAUGAUGCAUUAAUUUUUUCUUUAUUUAUAAAAAUAUAACUAUAGUUUUACAAUUACAAUUUGGCAAA